AUGGUUUGCUUUCUUGCUAUAGCAUUCAUAGUCUAUUCGUUCCAUGGUAUCCAAGCACAGGAAGUCGAGACUCCAAUUGUUGAGACUUUACAAGACAAUAUUGUACCGGAGACAAUCGCUCCAGUAGAAACUACAGCUCCAGUUGAUACUACAGCACCACCAGUGACUGAAACACCACCUCCGAUCGUCACACGAGUAUCCCCAAUCGUCACAGAAGAAGUGACGACUCCUCCACCAGUUCCAACUGAAGCUCCUACGCUUUCUGUAACAACCGAAGCACCACCUUCUCUUCUUCCAGAAUCCACAUCAUCAACUACAACAGAACCAGUUGCUGUAACAACACCUCCAGUGGUCGACGAAAAUGUACCAGCAGAUACAGAGGCUCCAACGACAAUGCCACCGACUAUAAUGCCGUCUACUGGACAGAAUGUGUCGGAAGGACUCAAUACGACAAAGUCAGCAGAUACGAUUGUACCACCAGUCACGUUUCGAGAUAUUGAGACGGACAAUAGUGAGGCAUCUUUACACGGAAGUGAAGCAUUUGAUCACCCCACAACACCGUCUCCAUCUCGGUCGUCGUCUUUUGAAGACAUUCCAAAAGAGACAUCAAGCACUUUUCCAGGCAUUCCAUUCUCAAAGACUCUUAUAAUUUCUGCACUUGGUGGUGUUGGACUGUUCGUGAUUCUCCUUCUACUUUGUGUCAAAUGUCGAGCUUCAAAACGUCAAGUCCCGGAUCUUAACACACCUGUUCAAGCAACAAAUACAUUUUCACGAACAUCAUCUAGUCCAAGCUCCAGUGUGUGGAAAUCCACACGUUCAACAUUUGCGUCUCGAGAUUUACCAUUUGCUUCAAGUCUUCGAGCAAAAUUAAAUGCUACGUCACGUUCGUCUAUUGACUAUGAUCGUCCGAAUCCCAUUUCAUUCAUUGCAAGUCUACCGCCUAAUAAUUCUGCCAUAUUUCUUCGCGAAUCCAAUACAUCGGAUCAAAGUCUCAGUCUUCGAGGAUGUUCUGAGUUUUCAGUCCAUCAUCAACAUGACUCUGAUGUAUCUGGUAGAUAUUCUACAAGUGAUCGAUAUUCUACAAAAGAACGAUAUUCAACCACAUCUCGUUUAUCGAGUGAACCUGAACGCAGCAAUUCUGGAAGAGUGCCAUCUCUUUUGUCAAAAGGAACUGAUGUCUCUCGUAUUUCAUCAACUUCUUCAACACUAUCCUCAGCUACAACAAGGAGACACAAUCGUAUGUCACUAGCAACUCCUGAUUUGAGUCAAUCUCUUCCAUCAGAUACUACAAGCGGUACGAAUACACGAACUGAUGUACGUGAUUGGUAUCGUGUAAUCGAAUCUCCAGCUGACAAUGAUCGUUAUACUUCCACUUCACUUGUAAGUGAUCAUACAACUAAUGAACAAGAUUCGUUUGAAUUAUAG